AUGCAGUACGUCCGCAAUCUCAGCGACUCGGUUUCGACGGCGUGGAACUCCAUAAACCCGGCCACGCUUAGCGGUGCCAUCGAUGUCAUCGUCGUCGAGCACGAGGACGGCUCCCUCUCCUGCUCUCCCUUCCACGUCGAGUUUCGCAUAAAUGGCGUCAAGCAAGAAUACUCAAUGAAGCUGGGCGAGGGCGGCGAAGCCUUCUUCGUCUUCGAGACUACCGACACCAUCCCAGAGUCCCUGCAAACCUCGCCUCUCGUGUCGCCCGCAAACAGCCCGCCCCUGGAUCCUGCAUCUGAGCUUCAAGAUCCGGAUCCUCUUGAGCUCAAUGACGGCCCGACCAAGUCUCGCAGACCGCCCCCCGCAAUUCUCCAAGGUCGCCCGGAUGAUAAUGGCAUCCUCACUCCCCUCUCAGCCUCUCCCGCGCUUUCGACUGUGCGACCCGUCUCUGACGACUGGUCCUCCGCCAUUAUGCGUCCUCAUAGCGAAGAUGUCCUGAGGCAAUCCGCCAGAGCGCCGUCGCGCGACGACGGUACCUCCGCUGAGGUAGGGAGCACGGAAGAGGCCUCAGAUAGGUCGCAUAGCCCACCUCCGCUGGCUCCCAAGGAAGCCAUCGAGCGUGCCCACGCCCUGUCCAAGGAAUUGUCGGCUGCCAAUAUUCCUACCCAAGUGACGGAAACCGGAGAUCUCAUGCUCGAUAUGACGGGCUUCAAAAGCUGCGAGGAAGACAUGCUCCGAGCCGAGGUUCUCGCCAGGAAGAUGCUCUCGGAGGAACUCGACGGCAGUUAUGACAUCGGCGCCCUCUUUGGCUUCGAUGAGAUGGGGAACCUGUGGAUUUAUAGCAGUGAGGAGGCCAAGCAGGCGGCCAUGAACAAGACGAUAGAUUCGUCGCUCGCCGCCCAUCGACACACCGUUGACGCAGAUGCUGUCUCCGACCCCGGCUACCAGAGCGACGCGAGCGACGUCACGGCCAGCCCUCGAACCCCGGCGCAUCGGCGCUCAGAGUCCGACGCCGGCCCCUCGGGCAUACAGACACCUCCUCGAACACCUCCCGAGUCGGCCCAUGCGCGAUAUCCCGUCAAAAACUACGCCAAAACCCUGAGGCUGACUAGCGACCAGCUCAAGGAACUCGACUUGAAGCCAGGCGAAAACUUGAUGAGCUUCACCGUCAACCGAGCCACCUGCUCCGCCAACAUGUACCUGUGGUUGGAAGAGACGCCGGUGGUCAUUUCGGACAUUGACGGCACCAUUACCAAGUCCGAUGCCUUGGGCCAUGUUUUGAACAUGAUUGGCCGAGACUGGACUCAUUCUGGUGUCGCCAAGCUCUACAGCGACAUUGCCUUGAAUGGCUACAACAUCAUGUACUUGACCUCUCGGUCGGUCGGACAGGCCGAUACCACCAGGGCAUAUCUGAAUGGCAUCGUCCAGGAGGGCUACAAGAUGCCGCAUGGACCUACCAUCCUGUCCCCAGACCGGACUAUGGCGGCCCUGCGCCGAGAGAUCUACUUGCGCAAGCCCCAUAUCUUCAAGAUGGCCACCCUUCGGGACAUCCGUAACCUCUACGGCAAUGAUCGAACCCCCUUCUACGCUGGAUUCGGCAAUCGGUUGACCGAUCAAAUCUCGUACCGGACCGUUGACGUGCCAAGAACCAGAAUAUUCACCAUCAACUCGAAUUCUGAGGUGUCUCUUGAUCUCCUGAGUCUUAACAAGCUCAAGAUGAGCUACGUGAACAUCAACGAAGUCGUGGACCAUUACUUCCCGCCCGUCGGGACCCUGGUCAAGGGUGGCGGCGAGGAGUACACCGACUUCAAGUACUGGCGAAACGACCCUUUGGCACUCGACGAGUUCUCGGCGAGCGACAGCGAAGACCAGGAUAUCCCGGCAGACCUGGCCAGCACAUACUCGGAGGAUGACGACGAGGAGACUGGCGAAGGCCUUGCUGACAGCUACAUCUCGCGGGGGUCACUGGAAGAGGGUGUCGACGAGGAUCAGAUGGCGGAUUCCAUGAUGACUGUUGAUGAGGACGCCGACGACGGCAACGCAGAGGGGGAAUAUGAUGACGGGUACGAAGACGACGACGAGUAUGACGAAGACGACGCGGGGGAUGCCGUUGAGCCCGCGAAGAAGAGGAAGCCUUCGGUGCCGCAUUUCGUGGCGGAAGAUGUCUCGGCCGAGGUCAUCACAGGGUUUUCUCAAAUCGGCGUCGAUUCCCUGGCCGGACAGUCCUCGGGGCGGGUGGAAGAGCCGGUGGAGAUUCGGGCCCUGCCCGAGCCACGACGGUGA